AUGACACUUCAGACUAUCACUUGGAUGAGCGCCUUCCUCUGCCUCGCACAAGUUUGCUCCAUGCCCAUGCCUUGCCACCUACAGGGACAGCUGGUGCGAACAACCCACAACCUACUGAGAGACAUGGGGGGUCAUUUUCCUCUGGAGUGCCUGCAGCAGAAUGUCUUCCCGGCAUUCCCAGCCGCCGCAUUUGCAACCUCCGGCGCGCCACAGUUGAGCAGCAGUGGUGCUAAGGCUAUUUAUGAUACAUUGAAGAACAUCGACUCAUUGUUUGGAGCUGACGACCUGCCAACUAAGUGGGACCAACAGAAGUUGGAGAAUUUUAAGAAUAUUAUAUACCGCCAGAUUGAAGAGAGCAAAUGUAUGAUGGGCAGUGUGGAUACAAGUGAUUAUCCCAUCAGGGCAGAGGGACUGAAGACAUACUUUGGGAAGAUUGCAGCAGUCCUAAAAGAAAAGAAUUUCAGUUACUGCGCCUGGGAAGUGGUUCGAAAAGAACUCCUGUACACCCUACAGUUCAUUCUGAAACACAACUCUGAUAGCCUUCUGUGGUCCAACAGAACAUGAAUUUGAACUUGCAGAACUUUUUUUACAAUUGGGUUUUACAAUUGUGCUUGAUUUUAAAAGCCUACUAUUCUACAAUCAUGUAAUGUGCAAUGUCAAACUGCAAUAUUGUACAUGUAUUUAUUUAUUU